AUGGCUUCCCACAAGGAUAUUCCUGACACAGAACAUCUCGAUGUAUCUGAGCGAUCGGACAAUAAUCAAAAGCCCCAGUCGCGAUCACCAAGCUUGUCUGAUCAUAGAUCAUCCCAUUCCUCGCUUCCCAGCAAGCCUGUCGCACCGCAGUCCGUCGAGAACAGACUCAGACCAGCAGCAGAUAUCAUCAAUCGUAUCAACUGGGACUCUGAGUUCACACGUGAGGACUAUAUCAUCGGGUUUGUGGAUCGAUUUGAGGGACAGCUGGAGGUCAGCAUGGAUGCAUGGAAGAAGGAAACUACCGACGAGGAAUUCAUCCCACAGCAUCGAGUGCUGUACAUUCGGCAUGUGAAUGGAGACAUUGUCUGGGAUCGACGUCGUCGCAUUGACAAGAUUUUCAACAGUGGCUCGCUGCCAGUAUUACCCUCUAAUGUCCCGGCCGAUCCCAUUGUGCAGGAGCCUUCUCAGCCUGAGAAGCAGGCGGUGGCCCCGUUUUUGUUUCAGCGAAACGAGGACAAGGAGGAGACUGUUGCAUCACUGCCAGAACCCGAGACAACGAAAUCCAAAUCGAUUUCGGUGGCCAACAAGAAUAUAAGCCAAGAUGCACCUGCAGCUCGCUCAGCGGCGAAAAAAAUGUUUUCGGAGGAUGAAUUCGCCAAUCAAGCUUCUCAAAGCUCACCGAAUGAUCAGGUUGCUCGUGACGCCCUCGUUGUUGCGGAACUAAGCACCAACUGCAAGCCACAAGGAAACUUUCAGUUGGUUUGCGAUCUUGUCUCCCACAUAGCUCAGAUUUUCCGGCGCCCUGAAUCAGCUAUUCAAGUGGUCAUUCAUCAGAACGUUUCCAUCUGCUUUGGGAGCUCCACCCUUCCUUCCUACCUGCUCAAGAUCUGGACCGUUCCCUCCGCCAUCGGCCCCUUCACGAAUGUUCGCAACACUUGGAUACUACAGCAGACACUCCAUGAGUCUCUCGCCAUCCCUCCCGAGCGAGGUGUUAUUCUCUUCCUGUCCGUUUCCGAGGAGAAUCUAGGGUUCAAUGGAUCGACGAUCCAGGGCGUUAAUCUCCGACAGGAGAAAUCCGACAACGAAACCCCCGGGGUAUUCAAAACCAUUUCCCACAGAAUGAGUCGCCGACUCAGAGGCAGUAGUGGUGCGAGUGGGCCAAUCACUCUCUCAUCGGGCCCAAAUUCUCCUCUAUCGCCGACCGAGGCCAGUCCUGGUCAUUCUCAACCAGUGGUCACUGUCUCAGAGAAUCCGGCGCAAGAGGAAAGCAGUCCCAACAAAAGAGAGUCUCUGAUGGCGAUCCUCGAGCGCCACAUUAGAAACCCGAAGAAGGGUCAGGCAAAGGGUGUUGUCAAGGAUUAG